UCGCGACCGGUGGCAAAAUCUAUCUUGCAGGAACUGUAUAACAAUAAUUAAUUAUACAUGUUAUUAGUGCCCGAUGUUCUUAAAAUAUUCGAGAUUGUUUGCGUGCUGAAAAUUGCCACGUUUUAUCUUUUUAUUUCCAUGUUUAUUAACUGAUUUAAUUCGAAUUUUUUAUUUAGGGAAUGCCAUUUUAGAGAAAACAGAAAAUAGGAGCAAAAAGCUUAUUGGAUGGUGUAGAUUUUAUAAUAUUAUAACUCUGCGCAGUGACAAACUUUAAGAAGUUGAUAGAGCCAACGCGGGAAAAUUGUGAGUGUCGGCAUUUUCCUACUAUUCGCUCGCCUUACGCUUCGCAAAACGGAUCCCUAUCACUGUGGACAAUUUUUCCGCAAAAUCUACGCUUGAGUUUUUUGGAAAUGCAAAUUAUGAAGUCCAAAUCAGCUUUAUUCAGGGAACUACUGCAUAUAGCAAUGAUCUAGUGAAGUUUUGUGCAUACACUUUGCUGCUCUGAAUCGAACUAAAAUUGGAAAAGUGAAUAUAGUGGAAAAAAUUAUUUGCUCUAUUUUAUAGCUCAAUUUAAUCAGAUCAUUCACUUCAAUCAAAGUCAGAUAUGUUCACCAUAAAAGUAGAAGCCAAUUCCAGAGUUUCUGUCGGAAUUUAACACUUGUCUGGCCAUGUUUCAUCGUCAUCUUUGGAGUUUUUUUGCACGAAGACGUCAAAUUAAAUAAUCCUGCUAGCCACCUCAAAACCAUUUGGUGGAAAGUUAAUCAACGCACAAUAUCACCCAAUUCCCAUUUAAGUUGGGCACUUUGAUGUGAGUAAAUUUGAAAGAUCCAGCAAUUGCUUAAAGAACUGAAUGUCUUAGGCGAAUAAAUAUGGGAGCAAAUUACUCAGAAAGUCAAAAUCUAACCAGCGAACAGCAGGAAGUUUAUGAUCGCAACAUAGUGCCACCUACAUGGAUGUAUGUGCUGAUUUUCUUCCAUUGUAUAGUGUUUAUUGUGGGACUUUUUGGAAAUGUUCUGGUGUGUGUAGCCGUAUAUAGAAACCAUUCAAUGAGAACAGUGACGAAUUAUUUCAUUGUAAACUUGGCACUAGCGGAUGCUUUAGUUAUUUUGUUCUGCUUGCCAUUUUCCGUUGUGUGGGAUGUGACCAGCACUUGGUGGUUUGGAACCGCAAUGUGCAAAUUCGUAUUAAAUAUGCAGAAUGUGUCGGUGACUGUGUCAAUUCUUACCUUGACUUUCAUAUCAAUUGAUCGAUGGUAUGCCAUCUGCUAUCCAUUAACAUUCAGAUCAACCACAGCGAAAGCUAAGACAGCCAUUUGCCUGAUUUGGAUUAUUUCUUUUGUUUAUGAAAUACCGGAAACAAUAUAUCUAGUUGCAAAGCAACACAAUGGAUACGACAUCUACUUUACCCAAUGCAUAGCGACAUGGGGCGAUUAUAUUGACACUAUCUUCAUGAUAAGCCGAAUGGUAUUAUGCUAUUUUUUGCCUCUCAUACUUAUGUCAAUAGCCUAUUUUCAAAUCAUCAAGAUUCUCUGGAGAUCGGACAAUGAGCAACAUCAAGCUGGUGUUUCUGGCUCAUAUCGAUCUGGACAAUCAGGAAACACAUUUUCGAUGAACAUGAAUACGACCACAGAGGGACAGUUAAGAUCGAGGAGAAAAGCAGCCAAAAUGUUAGUUGCAGUCGUCGCUAUGUUUGCCUUCUGCUUCUUUCCUAUUCAUUUGCUGAAUAUCUUACGGCUAACAGUAGAAUUAAGCCACACCGAAUUCAAUCGUGCCAUAUCGCUUGUGAUCCAUUGGCUCUGUUACGCCAAUAGUGCUGUAAAUCCGAUCAUUUACAAUUUCAUGAGUGGUAAAUUUCGACAAGAAUUCAAAUCAGCAUUUUUCCAGUGCCGCCAAGUCAAUCGAUCCGAUCGACAUUUAACCAGGAACAGCACUUAUAUUUACCGAUACACGACGAACACCAGGAAUAGUUCGAAAUCGAAAACCGAGAUCAUUCCAUUGGCUAAUGUCAAACAACUCGACGAAAACUAGAAAACUUCUAGAUCUAUUGACGCUUACAGUUCAAACGAAAAUUAAAAAUAGAAUCAUCA